GGAGCUACCAGCCACUAAUAAAGGCUACAAGACAGCGGCCAUGGCCGAGGGGAGCGCGGUUACCGAUCAAGAGCAACUCCUGAGGAGGGUGCAGGAGCUGGAAGAGGAGGUGAAGCGGCUGCAGGAGAAGCUCCGAGAGGACAAGGAGGGCGCUGGGAGAAGAGAGGCUCCUUCCGCCCCCGGGAAAGCCAAGAAACGCCAGCAACGGCCGUUCGAUUUCGGCGCCUACGGCCGCAGACACGUGGCGCUGAAGAUCGCCUACCUGGGCUGGGGCUACCAGGGUUUUGCCAGCCAGGAGAACACCAGCAACACCAUCGAAGAGAAACUGUUUGAAGCCUUGAAGAAGACGCGGCUGGUAGACAACAGACAGACCUCCAACUACCACCGCUGCGGGCGGACGGACAAAGGAGUCAGUGCCUUUGGACAGGUGAUUUCCCUAGAUCUCCGCUCGAACCUGUCGGAGGGGAAGCAGCUAAAUGGCCACAAGGGCGACUCGGAAGGCAAAAGCGAGAGGGAGGAGGAGCUCCGCUACACCCAUAUUCUGAACAGGGUGCUCCCGCCCGACAUCCGGGCGCUGGCCUGGGCCCCCGUGGAGCCCGAUUUCAGCGCCCGGUUCAGCUGCCUCAAGAGGACCUACCGCUACUUCUUCCCCUGCGCCGACCUGGACGUGGCCCUCAUGCACCUCGCAGCCCAGAGGUACGUGGGGACCCACGAUUUCCGUAACCUGUGUAAAAUGGACGUCGCCAACGGGGUGGUCAACUUCCAGAGAACGAUCCUCAGCGCCGGAGUGAUGUGGGUGGAGGGAGGAGGAGAAACGGGGCUGCAGGAUCCCUUCCGUCUGUGCCAGUUUGAAGUGACGGGACAGGCGUUCCUGUAUCACCAAGUCCGCUGCAUGGUAGCGAUCCUCUUCCUCAUCGGCCAGAGGAUGGAGAGCCCUGAGAUCAUUGACGAGCUGCUGGAUGUGGAGAAGAACCCCCGAAAACCGCAGUACAGCAUGGCAGUCGAGUUUCCCCUUGUCCUGUACGACUGCGAGUUCGAAAACCUUCAGUGGCUCUACGACCGAGAAGUGCAGGAGUUCAACGUUACCCACCUACAGCAGCUCUGGGCCGACCACGCAGUCAAAACUCAAGUGCUACGUAACAUGUUACGAGGGUUAGACGCUGCUCCCGUGGCUACUGGAAAAAGCCCAGGGAACAGCACGACCGUCCUCUGGGGAGAUACGAAGCCUCCGCUCUGCAGCCAGGUCAGCGGCUUCGUGGAAGGCGUCAAAGCCCGCACCUACAAGCCUUUACUGGCCCGCCCCAAGUGCGAGGGGCUGGAGGCCGGUGGGGGGGGGGGCGCCCCCACCCGCCACUUUGUGCGGAGGGGCCGCAUCGAAACCCCCCCGGGGCCUGGAGUGGGGGGGGACGGAGACGAGCAGCCCCCCGAGACCAAAAGGAGCCACCGCGGCGAUACCCUGGGGAGCGGCAGUGCCGCAGAGCAGCCUCCCAAGCGGGUCUGCGUAGACAUCAAGUGAUGGUGACGGGUCACCUAAGCGGGAGAAGGGCAGCUU